UACCCAGCCAUGUUUUCUGCAAUUCUAUUGACGUCACUGGCAAUGUUUGCCCCAGCCCACGCUACACCUAAAGCCUUGACCUUUGCAUCGAUGUUGAGUGGGCGGUUUAGUGACAUUGACCUCUCACCCCUGGAGAACUAUGAAGUGGAGCAGUACCAACAAGGUUUCAUGAUCAUGCUCCAACCUGUCUUGGUACCCAACCUACAACCGCUGAUGACCUUCUAUGGCAGGGAGUGGGUGAACGGCUCCCUGAUGCGUCAUUACCUGACCACCGUAAAGGAGGGAGGGGACGGCCUCAUCCACAUGGACGUCUACGAUUUCCCUGGACGUCACACAAUCAGGAAUUUCACUGAAGAUCUAGUUCAAAACUUAACGGCACCAAGACAAUGCCACACAAUUUUUCAACAAGUAGAAGAGACUGUGUUUGUGGGGAUCUGGCCUUUCUGUACAGGCGUAUCAGGAGAGGUUCCCGAACAGUUCAUCAUCAUACUAACGUGUAACUCCUUCAUUGCUUGUCCCCCAAACUCUGGAAUGUUACAUGUAAACAAACUGAUAGAAAGGAUAAACCUCCUCCCCUACAUGACCAGCGGAGUAGAUGGAAACUCCACUCAACCGUGUCGGGCAUAGACAACACAAACUUGAUCGCUGGACAGAACCUACGUCAUCGUUAGACAU